UCUCUUUGACAUCAAGGCUAUCUUGUAUGCGUACCAGAGUACCUUUUAUACCAAGUGGUUUAGUCAUUAUCUCCGCCAAUUUGCUUUGCUUGGAGGGGAAGAAUAGCCAACAAGUAGCGUCUGUAAGCACAAGGCUUUUCUUGAGUCUUUGCCGUCGGUUUGGAGAUAUUGCCUCGACUCACGUAUCUGAUACCUAAUAUACUCAAUCAUCGCCAUCCUCCAUCCUCCAUUCUUGAUUGCUAGUUCCCCCCCCCCCCCCUAACAAUUUUAUCUUUGCGCAACUUAUUAGCUAUGGAGGAGAGAAAAAAGACAUUGUCGCCGACCCUCACCGAGGAUAAGGAAAAAGAAAAGGAUGUUACAGAACCUACUGUCGAAGAGAAACGGGCUGUCCCGGUUCAUCCUAAACAACCUACGCCUUCAGCUUCGGAAGAAACCGCGCCUGCCGGCGAUGCAACAGAAGCUGCAGCUCAUGACGCCGAACUAAGCUCACCUCCUGAAAGCAGCUCUGUUUCAAGUGUCAACCCGGAUAUGCUGGGUGACGAAAUUGUUGUUGGAACACGCGCUAACGGAAACAAAUCCCCUGCUCGUCGAGUCGCUUCUGAGCGAGGUGAUAACGAGAUGCCUGACGUUGAAGAAGACGAUGAACCUGUCUCACAUUACCCUAAGCGCAAACGCGCGUCACUUUACAACAACCUUGGCGACGAAGAGUUAGAAAACAGCCAAGUAAAGGAUGCCGAUGAUGCCGAUGAGAGUUUGAGUAAAGGAAAGCCUCGACCCAAGUUUGAUGAAGACAGCAAGCAUGUGCCUGUGGGCUAUUGGCGCUCUUCGCCAGUUCCCCAAAUAGAAGGAAAGCAUAUGGUUGUCGGAUUCAUCGAUAUACGCGACCGCCUACGAACACGAAUUCGACCUAAGACUCUUCAUGGCGACCUUAUCAAUCUUCGAUUGUUUCCUAUCCCAUCUGGUCCUGGUGGUAGCUGGAUUACGUUUCCUGGUACAGUGUUCUUAGACCAUCUCAUUGGACGCGACCACAAUGUGAUCAAGGAGUACGUCAAAGUUCGAGCUGAGACGCUCCACGAUCGUUCCAAGGAAGCCGAUCAGGCUGCUAUUACAGAAGCUCUCCGUCGCCUGGAACUUAAUCCCCCGCCUGAAACGCCUCAACCUCCCUCUAUCGCAUGGGGCGUGGAUAUACCUGAACAAUCACAGUUCGCCCGUCCUGAGUCAAAGCGCCGUCGUUAUGGUAGUAGCGUUGGUACCAUUGCUGAGCGCGCCGAUCGCAUCGAUCAGGCUGAACAGGCAGAUAAUGCCGAGUCUUUCGAGCGUUCAGACCGCCUUCCUCUUGCCCCCCAUCAACCAGAGAUUUCGCAGUUGCCUCGAAAACCGACCCGCAUCCUUGUUGGCUGCUGGGCCAAGUCUACUGCUCCGAGGGACGAGGAUAAGCUUGCAGUCUACGGCAUCUUGGGCGCUAAUGAUAUGUUCCGCGUCAAGCUCGUGCGCGAAACAAUGGACGGCCGUUACACAGACGACAACUUCCCCAGUGGCGCGGGCGCGUUGUGGAUUUCAUACGACGAGGUGCUUUUUGUUAAUCACCUAAAGCAGCUAACCAGACCGGAAGUUAAAGAAUAUGUCCGCAUUCGCCAGGCUCAGAUUGAUGCUGGGGAGAAGAAAGAGGAUCGGGUCGCGAACGAGACUCAAGCAGUCCAUGAUGCUCAAAUACGAGCAGCGGCAGUUGCGGCAGCCAGUCCUCUUAGGGCUCCUAACCAGGGACAUGUAGGAUCUGGUCCUUCAUCCGGUCUCAGUCGCGAGGAUGCUCGUGAAAUGCACGAAUCGAGACAGCCCCGACGUGAAGUUACAUCUCGAAGUAUCGAGUCAGCUCAAUCGUUGCGACAUUCUCUUCCGGAUGUGGAUAUCAGACAAGCCAGUCGCAAUGCUAGUAACGAUCCUAUUGAGCGCGUUCAAGGUUAUGCGAACCGCGAAGUUGCAAGAAUGGAAGCGGUGCAACUGCGUACUGAUCGCCACCAAGCUAACCGUAACUCGGUGGCUAAUCCAGGAGGCUUGAUGAAUGCCCAUGACAACCGACGCGACUUCGACGAAAAUAUUAUUAAGAUGAACCAGGUAUGGGAGGCUCAAGAGAAUAUGAGAAUGGGACCAGCUAGUCGCCCUAGCACUGGAGAUGUUAUGAUGCACCAGGGCAUCAAGUAUGAGCGAAAGCAGAAUGGACCAUUCAAGGAUAGGCUUGUCAGUCAAGGAACCAUCAUCAACAUCGACGGUGAAGACUACGUCGAAUACCGCGUUCUCACGAAGCCCUCAUUCUUCUAAACUGGUGCGACACAACACCUUACGGCCUUUUCUUUAUGGUUCCCCAAUGCACAGAUUCGGAUCAGAAUUUGCUACCUUUACUGAAUCCACCUUUCUUCUACAUGGUCAUAUAGCAUUCUGUCUUUCUGGUUUCGGCGUUGCCUUUUAACGUU